CAGUUCAGUUUCAUUUAACUUUUCUAUCACACCAUUAGCAAUCAUGUUAUUCAAUGCGCCUCCGAAUAUUAUUUACAUGCUAUUGUGUUUUUUACUGAUGGAUAUCAGCAAUACAGUAUUAAUGCUCCUUUUUCCAACUUUGGCAGAUAUUAUAAAUGAGAUGAACAAUCACACAUUGUCAGCUCAUUUUGGAAUUGAACCGACUAUUGCAAAUGUCAAUGUGAUGAACUCUAUGAUUACGGGGGCAAGUACGGUAGGAUUAUUUGUUUCUCUGUUUGUUCUUGUGCCAUUUGCGGAAACAAAAGGACGAAAAUAUACCGUUGUCUAUUUCCGAUUCAUUAUAUCAGUAGUUUCAUCACUGUGCAUCAUUAUGUCAGCUUUAUUUCAAGCCUCCGAAUUUUUUAUCCUUGGUUCAGCGGUUAAUGGUUUACAGUUACCAAUGCGUAUGUUCGUAACAAUGCUUUUCAUAACAGAGUGUGCACCCGACAAAUAUCGAGGUUUCGCCUCCACCGCGUUAAUUUUCUCUGACGUUAUCGGUCAAGUUAUAAUGUUUUCAAUUGCAACACCAAAUGUUCUCGGAAGGGCAAACACAUGGGUUAUCUUCCCGUUGGCAGUUUUGAUGAGUUCUACAGUAAUUUUUUUCAUGACUCUGCGGUUACCAGAGUCGCCAAAAUGGCUAGUCAGACAGAAUAAGAUUGAAGAAGCGUCACGAGCGAUUGAGUUUUACCAUGGCGAAAACUGUUGUCUGAAUGAAGUCGUUUCGUCAUACAUAAAGGAGAAGAAUUUGACACAGGAAGAUCAAAUUUCCCUCCGCCAAGUUUGGGAGAACGAUACAAUGCGCGAGGCUUUAAAAGUGCUCUGCUCAGUUUCACUGUUUCUAGUUCUCGAUUCUGGAGUUAUUCAAGGUGUCUACACAGUACUCCUCCACAAAACUGCCGGAUUCACAGUUCAAGAAGCUUUGAAUGUAAAUCUAGUACUUGUAAUAAUCUUCCUCCCAACCAGAUUUGUUGGAACAUACAUCAUCGACCACUUGGGAAGGCGACCAGUUAUGUUGAUUGCAGGAAUAAUUGUAUAUUCGAAAACUUGGUUGAUGUUAUCAACUCAAUUUAUAAUUUAUUUUGUUGGUCCAAGUGUUCUGACCAAAUGGUUAUAUAUUGGUGUAGAAUGUCUAUCUGAAUCAUCAUUAGCCACUGGAGUCACUUCUCUCGGAAUUCUUUUCAUCUCCGAACUUUUCCCUCCAUCAGCACGAACCUGUGUUGCACAAGCACUCAUUCUAGUCACCAUGACAAUCAAUUUACCCAUUAUCUCUAUUUUCCCAAUAGUUUACUCGUUCUUUGGGCCCGGUUUUUUUAUUAUUCAUGUUUUCAGUCAGUUCUUCUUUGGAGCCUAUCUUUAUCGGCAUAUGCCUGAAACUCGUGGAAGAGCUGUCUAUGACAUCAUUGAAUCGUUGGACCAAGAAGUGGCGUCAAGGACAGCUUCAUUUCUGGAAGAAACAACACCCUUGGUCAGAAAAAGAUCGAGCACACUGGCCUACAAAAGAAACAGCAUACUCAACACUUCUCGCACACGGGCACUAACCUUUGAUCAUAAUUUGAUACCGUCGGGCGAGUGGAAUUAACAAAACCUGCGAUGUUUGCUUGCUUCAUUGCCUUUUUUGUACAUAUUGUCACGUCUCUCUUUAAAUAAAUGAUUUCUUCG